CACUGAGCAAAUGUAUUCACUUCAUUGAGUUAUUCAGCGUUGCUUGGCUCACGUUGUAAUCAGCAUUGAAAUUAAUUUCUGAUUCAUCCAAUCUUCGUUUUGUUUCCUAUAAAUUUAAAUUAGAGCAUAACAUGCACAGAAUCUAUCCAUGGCUCAUUCUAAUAACUGCUGCUAUGAGUGUUAUCUUUCUAGGAGGAAAGCGUAGAGCAUUUGGAAUAUUUGUUGCUAAACUGCACUCAGAAUUUAAUCAGACCAGUUUAGCUGAAUUAAACUGGAUCGGUGAUUCAUACGCCGCGGUGGGCUAUUUAAGUACAACACUGACUACGUCAGUUAUACUGACGAGUGGCCGCUGGUAUGGUUUAUCACAGUUUUUUGGAGCUUGUUUUGUUCUCCUUGCUUGCAUAACUAGUGCUUUUGUACCGAGUCCACACUGGUUAUUUUUAACGCACACAUUAUUUCAUGGCAUCGGUUCAUCUCUUGUAUUGAGUACGUCUGGUCUCGUUGUCAAUGAACAUUUCGAUAAAAAUCAUGAUUAUCAUAUACUAGCAACAACAUUAGUAUCUGGUGGUUCAGUUGCUUCAAUAUUAUUUGUCGAAUUAUAUGCUGUUCUAAUAGAUUAUCAUGGAUGGCGGUUGGCGUUCAUUGUACUCGGUGUAUUAUACUUUUUUGUAUUAUUACUUGGUGCAUUUGUAUUCCGUAAAGACUCUACAAAAUCGGAUUAUCAAAAUAAUAAAACAGAUGGAUGUAUUCGACUGCACAUGCAUUGGCAACAAAGGAUACUGUUGAUACUUUGGACAGUAGACAGAAUUAUCACGAGUAUUGUAACAUAUGGUAUGCUGUUAAAUCUUGCCGACUAUAUGUAUAGACAUGAAUCUUCACUACAAAAAAGUGUACUACUCACAAAUUUAUUUGCUGCUGGCGAAGCAACAACAUAUUUAAUUGGAGCUUCUUUAACUGCACUGACCAAGGAUUUCUUAAAAAAUCGUCUUAAAUACAUUUUAAUUGGAACAAGUAUUGGUAUGGCGUUUGGUUUAGUAACAUGGGAGUUUGUAGCUUUCAGUCAUUCAUUGAGUUCAUUUUUAUCCUAUGCAACAGGAUUUUGUCUUGGACCAUCGGUGACAUUCUUAUUUCCUGCUGGUGAAGAAAUGACUUUAUUACCAGGUCAUUUAGCCUAUCCCUUCUCUUUAGGUGGAAUGGGUAUUGGAAUGGCAUUAUCACCGAUUCUUUCCGCCUUCAUUGCACAAACAUUUAAAUAUAGAUGGUUUUUCUUAGUUCAAGGUAUCAUUGUUAUCAUUAAAUGUGUCUGUCUAAUAUGUUCAUGGAUGAUAUUGAAAAAUUUAACAAAAUCUGAUAGGUCUAUUGUUGAAACAGAAUCAAUUCAUGAAGAAUCAAAAAUAUCCACUGAUAAAUGUGAUACAACUAGUUGUGAAUCAAAAGUUAAUUUUAAAAUCUAUGAUAAUUUAUCACCGGAUAUUUGUUCUUCCACCAGCAGUGAAACAGAAUACCUUAUUAGUCCAAUCACACAAAAACGUCCAGUUUCUAAAGCCGUAUUUUAA